CAACCCCGGAAUUGAUGUGGGAAUGCGCAGACGUUUCACGGACGCUGACGAGCUUUUUCCAUGGCUGAGUCUUGGUUGGAGCUUUGGGAAGCAUGAUGAUCACGAGGUUUUUUAGUGGUAUAUAGUGCAGGCUGUGAAGAUUGCCGUGCGGAUGCCAAGUUGAAGGGAAAGCCCGGUUUCAGAAGGGAUCAAGGAAUACAAAUAGUUUCUGGGUUGCUACCUAUCGCGACCGCACAUUAUUUUAAGACCUCCUUCAUCCCACUUCCCCAUACCCCGCAACAUCAUAUUCAAGUUGUGCCACAAGUUGUGCCACCCACCCCAUUGAGCUCGUUUGAUGUCAUCCUUCUUGCGUUAUCAUUGAGGCUCAAAUGAUAAUAUACUAUGAACCACACGAUGGUGACCCUCGUGUAGGGAAGAGGAGUGAUAAGCUACUUCGGAUGCAGCGAAUCCUUCACGAGCACCGUCCAGAUAUUGGUCACUUCGUCGACAUCUACAAGGAUGUCCAUCAGCACCCCGAGUUAUCCUGUCUAGAGUCCCGCACUGCUGAUGUCGUGGUACGAGAACUAAGAAAUAUCGGCUUCGAUGUAACCACAUCUAUAGGAGGACAUGGUGUAAUUGGAGUUCUCAGAAAUGGGCCCGGCAAGACUAUUUUGACGAGGUCCGAGAUUGACGCCUUGCCAAUAGAAGAGAAAACUGGUCUCCCUUACGCCAGCAAAGUACGCAUGAAGAGUAUUUUCGGUAUAGAUCAACCUGUUAUGCACGCCUGCGGCCAUGAUAUCCAUCUCGCUGCUCUCCUAGCCAGUCUAAGGCUACUGUAUUCUGCGAAGGGUGAGUGGUCGGGGACCGUCAUUGGUGUAUUUCAGCCCAACGAGGAGAUGUCUGGUGGAGCUCGGGCGAUGGUGGAUGAUGGCCUUUAUGGUCGCCAUGGGUGUCCAGUUCCGGACCUCAUGCUUGCUCAACAUGUCGGAAUGUCUAAAGCUGGUCUCGUAGCAGUUAGGACGGGGCCUGUUUUAGCAGCAUCGGACUUUAUUGAAUUGGAGAUCUUUAGCAAAGGAAUUGGCCCUAACCCCCCUGAAUGUCGAGACCCAGUAAGUCUUGCGAGCUACCUUAUAACGAGAUUUCAAAGCAUCAUCAGUUCCGACGUUAGUAUCAACGGGGAAUACAAGCGAACAACCCUGAAGUGCCGCGACUUCAAGGCCGGCGUACCUGGAGUCUCAUUCACCAACAAGGUAUACAUACGUCUUGAGCUAAAGACCACCGAGACAAGCGACAGAGAUAAUAUUUUCUCUGUGAUAAAAACAAUCACGAAAGCGGAAUGCGAGGCUUCUUCUGGCAAAAGGAUCGAGGCCUCCGUCAGACUAACACCUAGAGCACCAAUCACAAGAAACGACACCAAGUCUGCUGAGGCCUUGCAGGAGUGUUUUGGGCGCCACUUUGGAGACCGCUUCUGGAUCCCGCCAAUGGAUGCUCCGGUGGAAGAUUUUGCCAACCUCAGUGGUCCGAAGCCAGUCCCCUUCGUCUACUGGAAACUCGGGUCUACGGAUCCUGCCAAAUGGGACGAAGGCGUAAGAAAGGGAGGGGAUAUAUUGCUACAUCUACCAACAAAUCACUCUCCCGAAUUUGCUCCAGCGCCUGAAUUGACUAUUGUUACUGGGAUGGAAGCGAUGUCGUUAGCUACCUUAUGGUUUCUAGACGGUGAUGACUCGCAGGAUGCACCAUUCGUGUGACCGAAAGGAUUGGCGGCUGGUGGCAUUGAGGGAUUUUUCGUGGUGUCAUUUUAAUACAAAUGAAUCAUCUCCUCAUCGCAGAGCCUCAACGUACAACGUUUACCUUUCCUAUUUUGUUAGGUCGGGGGUCCGCGCAUUUUCGUGAACGUACCUCCAGUGUCGUAUCACCUAAUACUAUAAUGGAAAUACAUUACGAAUCCCGCUUAUCAGAGACUCAAAUGGGUAAUGAUAGCGUGUCGACCCACUAUUGGCCUACCCCCACGAAGUUUAUUGGUGCGGGUCGUCUGGGCACCCCAUAAAUUAAAGUGCUAGUUCCCGUCCCAAGCCAUUGGACUGGGGUCUUUAAGUGGAGUCUUCUCGAAACCCCUGUCAUCUAUCCCACGCCGGAGUUACUUACUUCUUAAAUGAUUCAGCCUCUAAUUUCUCUCACGUCCAAUAGCAACCAAUCUCAAAGUGUCUUAGAUUUUGCUUUUCACAUCUACCUUGCCCUAUUCU